AUGUUACGCCGUUUGUGCCCUUGCAUCCGCCGGCGUGCCGCUGACCGCGACGAGCGGAAGAAGCUGAUGAAGAACCAGAAGGCGCGGGCUUCUGAUGUCUCUGAAACCAUGAGCAGUGGCUACACUGCACCUGCCGAACAGCAGCCGCUGCCACCGACGCUGCCACGCCCGCCUUCGCCGACGCCGCCGCCGCCGCCGCCGCCGCCGCCGCCGCUCAACACCUCAGGCGGCGAGACCACAACUACUGAUGAGCUGCUGCCCACCACCAACUUGGGCAGUGGCGAUGUCAAUGUUUCUGAUGACUCUCUGGCCCCCACCACCUCGCCUAGUGGAGAUAGUAAUGCUGCUGAGUUGCAGCCCCCCACCUCCUUUUGCAAUGGAGACAACACUGCCGACGGUGAACCGUCUCACCCAACUGUCUUCGCAGGCAGUGACACCACAUCCACUGAUGAACUGCAGACCCCCACUGUCUUGCACAGUGAAGAAAUUAUUACUGCUGAAUUGCAGCCCCCCACGACACUGGGCAGUGGCAACAAGGCUGCCAACGAUGAACCACCGCAUCCCACAAUCUUGGAUGUUCUCAAUGCCUCAUCCACUAGUGAGCCACUGCCUCCCAGCAACCCUAGCAGUUGCGACACUCAUACUGCUGAGUCGCUGCCCCCAAACACCUUGGGCAGCAGCGAAACGGCUGCCGAUGUCAAGCCACCAUGUUCCCCAAUCUUGGGUGUUCUCGAUGAAACAUCCACUCAUGACCUGAUCCUGCCCACCGCCUUGGGCACUGGCAAUACUAUUCCUGCUGAGUCACUGCCCCCCACCACCUCGGGCAACUUCAACACAGCUGGCAGUGAUGAAGUAAUGAAGCCCAUCAUCUCCCAAGAAUUGCCUCAUGUCGCUGAUGUUGCACCAUCAGCCCUACAGGGUGCGCUUCUCACUGGCCCCCCUCCGAAGCAGGCGUUCCCUACGAUUUCCAAAAAGAAAAGUCCGUCUGAUCAGCUGAUGUUACGCCGUUUGUGCCCUUGCAUCCGCCGGCGUGCCGCUGACCGCGACGAGCGGAAGAAGCUGAAGAAGAACCAGAAGGCGCGGCCCCCCACGACACUGGGCAGUGGCAACAAGGUUGCCAACGAUGAAACACCGCAUCCCACCAUCUUGGAUGUUUGUAAUGCCUCAUCCACUAGUGAGCCACUGCCUCCCAGCAACCCUAGCAGUUGCGACACUGAUACUGCUGAGUCGCUGCCCCCAACCACCUUGGGCAGCAGCGAAACGUCUGCCGAUGUCAAGCCACCAUGUUCCCCCAACUUGGGUGUUCGCGAUGAAACAUCCACUCAUGACGUGAUCCUGCCCACCGCCUUGGGCACUGGCAAUACUAUUCCUGCUGAGUCACUGCCCCCCACCACCUCGGGCAACUUCAACACAGCUGGCAGUGAUGAAGUACUGAAGCCCAUCAUCUCCCAAGAAUUGCCUCAUUUCGCUGAUGUUGCACCAUCAGCCCUACAGGGUGCGCUUCUCACUGGCCCUCCUCCAAAGCAGGCGUUCCCUACGAUUUCCAAAAAGAAAGGUCCGUCUGAUCAGCUGGUAUAUCUUCAAGGCCCACCACCUUUUCCCGCUUUUGCAAAUAAAAUGUAA